CUAGUUCCUUCUCUUUGUCCAAGCAGGAAGAAAGCCUAUGGACCCACUCUAUCAGGCGGGGUCCAUUCUCAUGAAGGUGAACACCUUACAAGGGAAGAAGAUGGUGGAGAGUGGCCUCCAGUCUGGAGACUUUUCCCUCUCUCAGUCAUGGCCCUCCUACCCGCUGCUGCCAGCUGACUUGGAGAUCCUGCAGCAGAAGGUGGCCGCAGUGCAGCGGGAGCUGGAAGACUUUAAGAAGGAGGCCUUGAAGGCCAUCCAUUACCUGGAAGACGCCUUCUGUGAAAUGAAUGGGGCCUUGGCGCAGCAGGAGGAGCAGGCGGCCCGCGUGAAGCAGCGGCUGAGGGAGGAGGAGGACCGGGGCAUUGUGCGAAACAAGGUCCUCACCUUCCUGCUGCCUCGGGAGAAGCAGCUGCGGGAGCACUGCAAGCGGCUGGAGUACAUGCUGCGGGUCCAGGGCUGUGAGGCGGCCCUGGGCCUCCCCAGGAAGAUCCAGGCAAACUGAGGCUGGAUCAGUAGGAGCCACGCUUCUAGCUGAGCUGCCAAGUAGAAGAUUUUUUAGAUGGAAGGACAAAUCCUGAUUCUCUAUCCAUUUGCUCCCCUUUCCCCCAUUUCUGUCACCUUCCUUCUACCUAAAUAACACCUUGCUAAGAGGCAAAAAGACCCCAGUAUGUUCUUUUGGUGAAGCUCCAUUUAUCCAGCAUCAUCCAAGAAGGAGGAACCCUGAUGUCUUUCAGAGACACCUGUGACUUUGACCCUUUAACCGCUUUCCUGUUUGUAAUGGUAAUAUUGCUGAAAUGUAUAACAUAUAUAUAUAUAUUUAAUCUUCUUAAACUGAUUGUGUGGAACAGAUUUACCUUUCUUUUAAUGACUCAAGGCUCUCAUGAUUUGUUGCUUAAUGCAUGGGCUGCUGAGAGGGUCUCUCGUUCGUCCA